AUGAUCGUCGACCCUGUCGAGGCCUUCGCCACGGCGGUGAAGCACUCCACCAGCUCCAAGCACACCAGCUUGCCUACUGUGGUCCCAACUCUUCCCGAGUACCAGACCGCCGACGAGACUGGCGAGCGGACGCUAUGGGUCGUCUUCGUUGUCAUGUUGGUCUCCAUGAUCGUCUUCGUCGGCAUGGCCUGGAGCGUGCCAAUGUCUAAGCGUCUCUACCACAUCAUCACGACCCUCAUCGUCACCUUCGCCGCUCUGUCCUACUUCGCCAUGGCCAGCGGCCACGGCAUCGGCUACCACCACGUCGUCGUCAAGGAGCAGCACAAGCACGUUCCGGACACCGAGAAGGACAUCUACCGCGAAGUCUACUGGGCCCGCUACGUCGACUGGUCUCUCACCACCCCGCUCUUGCUCCUCGACCUGUGCCUUCUUGCUGGCAUGAGCGGUGGCGCCAUCCUCAUCGCCAUCAUUGCUGAUGUUAUCAUGAUCUUGACCGGUCUCUUUGCUGCCUUCGGCUCUGAGGGCACUCCCCAGAAGUGGGGCUGGUACGCCAUUGCCUGCAUUGCCUACCUCGUGGUCAUCUGGCAGCUCGUUUACCACGGCCGUGCCUCGGUCUCCGCCAAGGGUGGCAAGGUCGCCAACUUCUACGCUGCCAUUGGUGGUUUCACGCUCAUCAUCUGGACCGUCUACCCAAUCAUCUGGGGUAUUGCCGACGGCUCCCGCAACAUGGACGUCAACGAGGAGAUCAUCGCCUACGCUGUGCUCGACAUCCUCGCCAAGCCAGUGUUCGGUGCCUGGCUCCUGUUCACCCACGCCAGCAUCCCGGAGACUAACGUCGAGCUCGGCGGCUUCUGGUCCCAGGGUCUUGGCUCUGAGGGCGCCAUCCGCGUCGGCGAUGACGACGAGGGUGCAUAG